GAAGUGUAGAACCACCACGAGUUGAGGAGUCCACAGCCACAUUCACUGGCAAUGGCUGCCAUUGCCGCCGUCUCCCUGCCGCUGCUUCUCUCCUUCUUCUUCUUCCUCCUCCUGCUGCUGCUGCUGCUGCAUGGUGCCGCGCCUGUUCUUGGCUUCACGAGGAGAGAUUUCCCCAGCGACUUCGUCUUCGGAUCCGCCACCUCGUCGUAUCAGUACGAGGGUGCUGUUCAUGAGGAUGGAAAGAGCCCAAGCAACUGGGACAUCUUCACUCAUGAAGGGAAGAUGCCAGACAGAAGUACAGCUGAUGUCUCGGCUGACGGUUACCACAAGUACAAAGAUGAUGUGAAGCUCAUGGUUGAGACUAACCUAGAGGCUUAUAGAUUAUCCAUCUCGUGGUCGAGGCUUAUUCCAAAUGGGAGGGGUGCUGUCAAUCCAAAGGGGCUACAAUACUACAAUAACAUCAUAGAUGAGCUAGUGAAAAAUGGGAUUGAAGUUCAUGUCAUGAUUUAUCAGCUGGAUCUCCCUCAGGUUCUGGAAGAUGAGUAUGGAGGAUGGCUAAGUCCGAGAAUUUUGGAGGAUUUCAAAGAAUACGCAGAUGUGUGCUUCAGGGAGUUUGGAGACAGGGUUUCACACUGGAUUACUAUUGAUGAACCUAAUGUUGCUUCAUUUGGGUCUUAUGAUAAUGGACAAUUGGCCCCUGGGCGUUGCUCCGAUCCUUUUGGAGUAAGAAAAUGUACAAUUGGGAACUCAUCUGUGGAGCCAUAUAUAGCAGUCCAUAACAUGUUACUGGCACAUGCAUCAGUUACAAGAUUGUACAGAGAAAAAUAUCAAGUUGCAGGAAAAGGCGUUAUCGGCAUAAGCGUUUACACAUUUUGGACUUAUCCGUUAACAAAUUCAACCCUUGAUUUUGAAGCAACCAAAAGAUGUCAGGACUUUAUGUUCAACUGGAUACUAAGGCCCUUGGUGUUCGGUGAUUAUCCACAAGUAAUGAAGGAGAUUGUUGGUUCUCGCCUUCCAUCCUUCACAAAAUCUCAAUCUGAAUUAGUCAAGGGUUCUCUAGAUUUCAUUGGAAUGAAUCACUACUGCUCUCUCUAUGUGAAUGAUCAGCCUUUGGGUAAGGGUGCUCGCGACUUUAUGACGGACAUGUCAGUUACCUACAGAGAUCCACCACCACCUGGUAAGAGUGCUCCAACAUCUGUUGGAAGCGACCCACAAGGAUUGGGAUUCAUGGUGCAGUACCUACAAGAAACCUAUGGGAACUUCCCGAUUUAUAUCCUUGAGAAUGGUUACGGCUCAAGCAACGACACCCUCCAUGACACUGACAGGAUUGAUUACCUGAAGAGCUACAUAGGGAGCAUACUAACUGCAAUAAGGAAUGGCGCCAACGUGAAGGGCUACUUCGCGUGGUCCUUCGUGGACGUCUUCGAGUACCUGUCGGGGUACGGGCAGUCGUACGGCUUCUACCGCGUGGACUUCGCCGACGAGGCGCGGCCGCGGCGGGCGAGGCUCUCCGCUCGCUGGUUCUCCGGCUUCCUCAGGAACAGGGAGAUGAUGGAUGAUGUUGAGGCCGAGCUCGCCAUGGCAGCAGAGUCACGAGCUCAACAAUGAGUUCCUCAAGAACACUACUUAUUUGUUUUCUUUCACAUAAUUAAGCACAGAAAAGAGUCACUAAUGCUCAUGCCUUGAUGCUGUACACAAAAAUAGUUACUGAUUAUGUAAUUAAAUCCGAGGUUGGCUAUAAGCCUAUAAUCAAAGGGCAAA